AUGAGGGGUGGUAACACGAAUCAAGGCAUGGUCAGACGAAUCAUUCACAGCGAGCGCACGUCCAGAGGCGCCUCUCGUCGUGCGCUCGCUCCCACGAUCCGCAUUCACAGCGAGCGCACGUCCCGAGGCGCCUCUCGCCGUGCGCUCGCUCCCACGAUCCGCAUUCACAGCGAGCGCACGUCCCGAGGCGCCUCUCGCCGUGCGCUCGCUCCCACGAUCCGCAUUCACAGCGAGCGCACGUCCCGAGGCGCCUCUUGCCGUGCGCUCGCUCCCACGAUCCGCAUUCACAGCGAGCGCACGUCCCGAGGCACCUCUCGCCGUGCGCUCGCUCCCACGAUCCGCAUUCACAGCGAGCGCACGUCCCGAGGCACCUCUCGCCGUGCGCUCGCUCCCACGAUCCGCAUUCACAGCGAGCGCACGUCCCGAGGCGCCUCUCGCCGUGCGCUCGCUCCCACGAUCCGCAUUCACAGCGAGCGCACGUCCCGAGGCUCCUCUCGCCGUGCGCUCGCUCCCACGAUCCGCAUUCACAGCGAGCGCACGUCCCGAGGCGCCUCUCGCCGUGCGCUCGCUCCCACGAUCCGCAUUCACAGCGAGCGCACGUCCCGAGGCGCCUCUCGCCGUGCGCUCGCUCCCACGAUCCGCAUUCACAGCGAGCGCACGUCCCGAGGCUCCUCUCGCCGUGCGCUCGCUCCCACGAUCCGCAUUCACAGCGAGCGCACGUCCCGAGGCUCCUCUCGCCGUGCACUCGCUCCCACGAUCCGCAUUCACAGCGAGCGCACGUCCCGAGGCGCCUCUCGCCGUGCGCUCGCUCCCACGAUCCGCAUUCACAGCGAGCGCACGUCCCGAGGCGCCUCUCGCCGUGCGCUCGCUCCCACGAUCCGCAUUCACAGCGAGCGCACGUCCCGAGGCGCCUCUCGCCGUGCGCUCGCUCCCACGGUCCGGAUUCACAGCGAGCGCACGUCCCGAGGCUCCUCUCGCCGUGCGCUCGCUCCCACGAUCCGCAUUCACAGCGAGCGCACGUCCCGAGGCUCCUCUUGCCGUGCGCUCGCUCACACGAUCCGCAUUCACAGCGAGCGCACGUUUCGAGGCUCCUCUCGCCGUGCGCUCGCUCCCACGGUCCGUCUCGGCAUACCGUUGUGCUAG